CAGAGACUCAUUCAGACGUUGCCAAUCGCCGCAAUGUCCCCAAACCCUCACCAAACCUUCUUUCUGUCAACCGUGCCCUACAAGGAGCCCAAGCUCUCGGAACAAGCAGCCCAUUGCCCAAACUUCCAUGUUUGGCCCUCCUUCCAAGACUGACAGAUGGCUCACAUUCAGAGGAAGGAUCUUGGGGCCCCACUCCUAUCGGUUCCACGAACGACAGUCCCUCUGAGAAGGAUGUUCAAAAGCUCGUCGACCACGCUAGGGAACUCGAGCAACCACCGCCAUCAUCAGUGUCUCUCAACAAGAAUACUGAUCAAGUAAUGUCAGUACUAGGUGCUAACUUUUCAUCUUUUGGGGACGUAAUGCUUCAGGUCGGGAGCAAUCACCCCAACGGGGUCUUCGAGCCACCUCACCUUAUGUCAACUCAAGAUCUGAAAAGCGAUCCUCAUAAGACUCAAUUUUUUGGAAGAAGUCACUGGAUGAAUACUUUCAACAUGUUCUCCCAAAGAUGCAGAUACGAGGAUAAAAACGGCAAGGUUGUAACUGGCUUCGAGACUAACGAUGUCCGUGAGAUCUUUGAGAAGUGCAAACGAAUGACCAAGGCAGCCAAAACAAAGCAGCCAACGGGACUGGACAUGGGCAGUACCAAUUUCAAGGACCAAGUGCCGCCACGAGAAAUGGCAGAUCAACUUGUUGAUCUAUAUUUUCGCACAUAUGAAUCUGUUUACAGGAUUCUGCACAUCCCUUCUUUUAGAAAAGAGUAUGUCGACUUUUGGAAUUACCCAGAAAGCACAAGCACAAUUUUCGUCGUCAAAUUGCUCCUUGUUAUGGCUAUCGGCGCUUGUUUUUGUCAAGGAGAAAGAGAAGAAGACAUCCGCAGCAGUGCUCGACAGUGGGUCAUUUCUUCCCAAUCUUGGGCGUCAGCACUCUUUGAUAAGGAACAGCUCAACCUCUCUAUAAUCCAAGUAAACUGCCUCCUCCUCCUGGCUCGGCAAACAAACUCUGUUGGUGUUGACUUGAUUUGGAUACCGACAGGCAACCUUCUCCGAAUAGCAUUUUCAAUGGGUUUCCAUCGAGAUCCAAAGCACUUUCCAAAAUUACCCCUCUUCGUGGCGGAGAUGCGAAGGAGAAUCUGGGCGACGGUGCUGGAGAUGACCGUCCAGAAUUCAAUUGAUCUCGGCAUGCCGCCAUUAAUCUCAUCCAAUGAUUUCGACACAGAACCACCAUCCAAUAUUGAUGACGAGGACAUAUCUGAAAGCACAACAGUCAUGCCCAAUCAAAGACCGAAUCACGUCUUCACGCAAACCUCGAUCCAAAUUUCUCUUUGCAAAUCUUUGCGUACCAGACUUGGAAUCGUCCACUUUGUAAACAGCUUUCAUUUGGAGCCUUCCUACGAUGAAGUCUUGCAUCUUGGGCAGGAGAUCAACAAAGCGUGCAAUGAUGCCAGUCGUCUUACUCAGUCAUAUUCCGCCUAUCUCCCUCGACCGACGGCAUUUCAAACCAGCCUCCUUGACAUUCAUAUACGUCGCUUCGUCCUUGAAGUACACCGCCCGUUCUUUUUGAUAUCUCAAACCGAUCCUCGGUACUACUUUUCAAGAAAAGUGCGCCUUGAGAAUGCCCUCAAGAUAUUUUCCCAUUCAGGUGUCGAGGACAUGCCGACAGGCCAUGGUUCCCAGUGUAGGAACGAUUAUGAGAGCUUGAAAACCGUUGGAGGCGGACUCUUCAAGACGAUUUUCUUCCACGCCAUAACCAUCGUCAUAGUCGAGCUCAUUCUCUUGCUAGACGAAGACAUCGCCUCAGGCCUAUCACCAUCGACCCAAGCCAAAGCUGCCCGCGAGCCGUUGUACGAAGCAAUCAAAGACAUGUCUAAACUUGCCACUGAUAGAGUCAGAAUGGGAGAAGACAACUUUAAAGGGCCCGUGUUCUUCAAUGCUGCUGCUGUACUGAUUCAUGCAAAGGCCACCGGAAUGCCUCCAGACCAAAUUGUCCCUGACGCUGCGAAAAGGAGCGCGAAUGAGUGUCUCGAAAUCUUGACAUCAAGGAUGAAGAAAGCAGCUCCGGAUGGAGUCACGCUAGAGGGCCAGCUUGAGAGUUCUACCAGUGGAGCGGAUCAGACGAUGGGGGAGCCGGACUUCGGAUUCGAUUUGAUGAUGCCAGAUGUUUAUAUGGGUGGAUUUGGGGUGGAGGAAAGCUUUGGCUUUCCAAUGGGGGAGUCUUGGCUUUUUACCAGCUGGGAAGCCAAUUAGGUGCGUGAUUGUAUACUUUGCAAUCGUGAGAGUAGGUUCGAAUGCUGUGUAAAAUGGGCUAGGACCAGAAGGCGCUUCACCAUCUUUGGCAAGGCAAUGGUAUCGCCUCUCUAUUGUCAAUGUAACAAUUUAAUUAACGAAACUUCACCAUCCGGGC